CAUCAAUUGCCAAUGCCAUAACAAAACAAAAAUGAUUCUAUUUUAUGUUCUAUUUUGUUGUAUAAAAAUUAUUCUAUCUUAUAACUACACGGAACAUUUCAUUGAUGUUCCCAUAGACCACUUUAGCCUCUCGACUAACGUUACCUUUAAGCUACGAUAUCUUGUUGUAGACAAAAACUACAUUAAAGGUGGGCCUAUAUUUUUUUACUGUGGUAAUGAAGCUGAUAUUCUCGUAUUUUAUGAAAACACUGGGUUCCUUAUGGAUAUCGCGCCCAUAUUCAAUGCGCUAGUGGUUUUUGCUGAACACAGAUACUACGGUAAAUCGAUGCCUUUCGGUGCAAGUUCUUUGAGUUCUCCCGAAAAGUUGAGUUAUCUUACCACUUCUCAGGCCCUUGCAGAUUUUGUAGUACUGAUAGAUUCAUUAACCAAAGAGUAUUAUAAAACAAUGAUAUCAUCUGACACAUAUCCAGUUAUUGCUUUUGGAGGGUCAUAUGGAGGUAUGUUAGCUGCCUGGCUAAGAAUGAAAUACCCUCACAUUGUUCUUGGAGCUAUAGCAGCUUCAGCGCCGCUUCUCCAAAUCAACAAUUUAGACAUUUGCGAAUCCUUUUAUCGUGUAGUAACCGAUGCCUAUAGACGUAACGGAAAUUGUAGCUAUCCGAUUAAAGUCUCUUGGGAAGCUAUUAGAAAUAUCACAAAAACGCCUGAAGGAAAAACAGCUGUAAGUGAGGUUUUUAAGCUAUGUAAGCCAAUUAAAAAUGACGACGAUACUGACAGACUCAUUGAUAAUAUAGCAGAUACAUAUGUAACGCUUGCUAUGUUAAACUAUCCAUAUUUCACAGAAUUUCUUACAGCAUUACCAGCCAAUCCCGUGAAGUCUUUCUGUGAUAAGCUAAAGAGUUUUGAUACUGUAAACACUUCUUUGGAUCUUUUAAAAGCUAUAUCAAGUGCCCUGGAAAUUGGUACCAACUUUUCUGGAACUAUUAAGUGCAAUGAUUUUACUACACCUAGUAAUGCAAAUCAACCGACGGACUAUGCCUGGGAUUUUCAAGCUUGUUUCGAACUUAUAAUGCCUUUGUGCUCCACAGAAGACAUUAUGUUCGAAUUCACAAACUGGAACUAUGAAAACUACACCAAAGAGUGCAUUAAACGUUAUGGAGUGAUACCAUACACUCCUGAGUCAGUUCUGGUUAAGCAUGGUGGCAAAAUAUUAAAAUAUGCUUCGAAUAUCGUAUUUAGUAAUGGGUUAAAUGAUCCCUGGUAUACCGGUGGAAUUUUGAAAAAUAUUUCAGAUAGUGUUGUGGCGAUUUUGAUACCAGAUGCAGCACAUCAUUAUGAUUUGCGUGGUUCUAAUCCGGUAGAUUCUAAAUAUGUGAUUGACGCCAGAAAAUUUCAUAUAAAACAAAUUAAAAAAUGGUUAAAUAUUUAGCUUUUUGUGUUUAAAUUU